GUGAUAUAGAAAGUUCUCAGCUGGAUCUCCGUGCUGUCAACAUGACUCCCAGAGGAGUGAUGAGCGUGGCUGUUCUCCUCUGCUUCGUACUGGGUCUGCUCAGUCCAGCUUCAUCUGCCCCAGGUUCCAUCAAUGGCAGAGCCUGCUGUACGACAUACAACAGGAAGCCGAUACCCUUCCAGCGCAUCAAGGGCUACAGAGAACAAACUACCAAAGAAAACUGCCGCAUCGAGGCGAUCAUUUUCUACACGCUUAGGAGGACUGAGGUUUGUGCGACUCGCAAGGAUGAGUGGGUGAGAAUAAUCCUGGACCGACUCAGUUCAAAACUGAAGAAAAUGUCCAAGGCCGGCCCUGCAGCAGGUGAAAAUCAGAUGAAGAAAACCGUGAACCCUCCCAUCAGUGAUGGAAGUGGAUCUUACUUCACCACCACACAGACCUUCCCGAACAGCACUGAAAGUUUCUAUUAGCAAGAAAACAGGCUGUGGCCUCAGAGAUUUUAAGCUAAAUCAUUUAAAAAAUAAAAAAAAAUUAAAAAAAUGCUAAUUUGAGCAAACGUUUGAGAAAUUGAACCCACUAUAAUCCAGUCAUGUUGGGGAUAUUAUCUCUGAGAAGGCAAAGAAAUGCUAAUUACUUUGACUCACUUAAAAAAUAUGCAGCUUUGGCCCUGAUACUCCAUUUAAUCAUGACUUAGGGGGAACUUUAGAGGAACAGCUUUGAGAAAAUUGAUGUAGAUUAUGUGCUUAGCCAUUUAGCAAAUGUUUAUGUGAACAUAUUCAGUCUAUCAUGUUUUAUUCCCUGCUAUGAAUCUUCUGUUUAAUCAAGUUUAUGUGCCAAAAUGUGCCAAUAGCAGUUCUCAUAAACCAAUAAAGUGACUUACAAACUC